UGACGAAAUGGUGAUUAAAAUUAUCAUCAUCGGGGCUGGAGUUGGUGGUACAGCAGCAGCUGCUAGACUUAGCAAAAAAGGAUUUCAAGUAGAAAUUUAUGAAAAAAAUUCAUAUAAUGGUGGAAGAUGUUCACUCAUUUAUCAAAAUGGACAUCGAUUUGAUCAAGGUCCAUCAUUUUAUCUUAUGCCCAAAAUAUUUGAUGAGACUUUCGAAGAUUUGGGGGAGGACAUUAAAAAUCACAUAGAGUUAUUGAAGUGUCCUACUAAUUACAAUGUACAUUUUCACGAUGGAGAAACUUUCGAACUCACUACAGAUAUAUCAAAAUUAUCUCGUUCUUUGGAAAAAUAUGAAGGCGGCGGUGAAGCAACAUUAACCAAUUUUUUGACCUAUUUAAAGCAAACUCAUGUAUACUAUCAAAAGAGCGUUAAAAAGGCACUUCAAACUGAUUUCCAACAUUGGUAUGAUUUUUUCAAUCCAAAACAUAUACCCGACGUAAUUCAACUGCAUCUUUUUGAUACUGUUUACAACAAAGUGUGUGAGUAUUUCAAGAGCGACUACAUGAGAAAGGCGUUUUCAUUCCAGACUAUGUACUUGGGAAUGUCACCAUAUGAUGGCUUAGCUCUAUAUAGUUUACUGCAAUACAGUGAAUUAACAGAAGGGAUAUGGUAUCCGAAAGGAGGCUACAAUAAAGUUUUACAAUGUCUUGAAAAAAUUGCUGUUCAAUAUGGAGCAAAAUUUAACUAUAAUGCUGAUGUAGAAAAAAUAAUAGUUGAUGACAAAGGAGUGGCGAAAGGAAUUAAAUUGGUAAACGGUGAUAUAGUUAAUAGUGAUAUUGUAAUUUGUAAUGCAGAUCUGACGUAUGCGUACAACAAACUUUUGCCAAAAACAUCAUACGCAGAAAAACUCGGCAAAAAAGAACAUACUUCUUCUUCAAUAUCAUUUUAUUGGUCCAUGAAUACAAUUGUGCCGGAAUUGAAUAUACACAACAUUUUUUUGGCUGAAAAAUAUAAAGAAAGUUUUGACCAAAUAUUCAAGGAUCAUAUGUUGCCCGACGAUCCAUCGUUUUAUGUUAACGUACCUAGCCGCAUCGAUCCGACUGCAGCGCCAGAAGGAAAAGACUCAAUCGUUGUUUUAGUACCAGUGGGACACAUAUCGAAUGUACCUAAUAUUGAUUUUGAUCAACUUGUGGAGAGAGCUAGGGAAAAAGUAAUCGACACAUUAGAGAAAAGAUUGAAGAUAUCCAACUUCAGAAGUUUGAUAGAUCACGAGAUAGUGAACGAUCCUAGAACAUGGGAAAACGAAUUCAAUUUAUGGAAAGGGUCUAUAUUAGGAUUAGCUCAUACAUUUUUGCAAGUUGUAUGGUUCAGACCUAGUUUGAAAUGUAACAUAUUUAAAAACUUGUACUUUGUUGGUGCUUCGGCACACCCUGGUACUGGUGUACCAGUAGUUUUAUGUGGUGCAAAAUUACUAGAGAAUCAGUUGUGUGAUAGGUUCUUGGAGAGUAAAGUUGAAGUAAGCUUGUUUUCGAAGUUCAUUACGUUUUUAAUCGGCCUCUUGGCACUUCUGGUUGCUUGGGUUUCUUCCAUAUUUCAUAAAUAA